AUGGAGGCACAACACCGACAGCGCCUUCGUCAGUGGGAGCCACUGAAGCAAACCUACGCGACUCCCGUGCUGCUUGCGUCCAUUUCACUUCUUCUGAUGGUACUCGCAAACAUGUGCUAUCUUAGUGGGACGACACAUAAUCAACAACAAAGAACCAGCGCUCUAAACAUUCUCUUUUUAGACCUAGACGGAGGUCCGGUUGGUUCUUCGAUCUGGCAGGCCUCUGGCGACCUCCAGAGCCCUAGCUUUCCCACAGUCAAAAAGGGACAUGACGGUAUUUCCGAAUGGUUUGCCGGCAAAUUGAACGGAACCGUCGCCGCCCAGGCAGAAAUCCCUCUUGUGACGUACUCGUACAAUCAAGCCAAGUUUCCAGCUAUAUCAGACGGACUUCUACAAGGGAAUAUUCUCAAAAUUAUCAACUCAUCUCGCAACAAGUACCUAUCAGCAAUGGGGGCUCAAAAUCUCACAGGCUUCUCCGGCGAAGCCGUGUUCACAACCUCCAUUCAAGCAGCAGCGGAUCUCAUUCAAGUCACACCACAAGGAGCACGAGUUCUCUAUAACACCGUCAACAUGAUCAUUCCGACGCUCGGGCAAUUCUUUUUUAUGCUGGCCCUCAACAUCAUCGGCCAAUUCAGCGGUUUUCUUUCACAAGUUCGAGUAAGAGACGUCUGGGUAUUACGCUUCGUGUGUGGCAAGCUGUAUACUAUAUUGAUCAGCCUUGUCGUUCCUGGUUAUAUCUGGGCUUUCCGCGGCGAGUGGCCAGUUGGUAGUCAAGAGUUUGGUAAGACGUUUUUGGCGUACCUGUUGUAUAUGGAUACGCAGUGGCAGUUUCUGGAUACUUUCACCGGAUCAUUUGUAUCAAUGCCGUUUAUGCCCCAUUUUCUUCUGACCUGGAUCAUCUUAAACGUUUCGAGCACAAUUUUCCCUUUUGAACUGAUGCCAGGCUGGUAUCGAAUUGGUUGGGCAAUGCCGGCACACUCGAUCUACGCGCUCUUGAUAUCGGCGUGGUCAGGCUGCGGGCAAGACCUUCACAUUGUAUUGCCAGUCUUGUUCGCCUGGUGGGUGGUCGGCCAUGUCACCGCAGUUUUCUCGAUCCGGAAGCGUUGCCGUGAUGCAGCAAAAAUGGCCGCCUGA